ACCUGGCACCCCUGGUGCGAGUACAAGUGAAAAUUGCAGCAGUGUUAUUUGCGAUAUAAUCUCAGCCAGCGCGGUGAAAGGACCACUUUUUGUCCACCUCGGCGUUGCACGUGUGGCACUUGGUGUUUUUGUUCCGCGAAGCUAUGGGAGAUCAGCAGGAACCAUCAGUUGAGAAACUGUCCGUCGAGGACAGCAACGGCGCCCCCGAAGACGACGUCGUGGAUCCGUGGACCGUAACCAGCACAUCCGACAGCGGAGUGGACUAUGACAAAUUGAUCAAACGGUUUGGCUCUUCGCGGAUCGACGAUGCACUGGUGGAAAGGUUGGAGAAAGUGGCAGGAAAACCGGUUCACCCGCUUAUCCGGAGGGGCAUCUUUUUCUCUCAUCGGGAUCUGCACACGCUACUAAACAUGGUCGAGGCUGGAAAAAAGUUCUAUCUCUACACGGGCCGCGGUCCGUCGUCGGACUCAAUGCAUUUGGGCCAUUUGGUGCCGUUUAUCGUGACCAAAUGGCUCCAGGAGGCGUUCGAUGUGCCGCUCGUGAUUCAGCUGACCGAUGAUGAAAAAACGCUAUGGAAGGACCUAACCGUGGAGCAGUCGAUGAAGAUGGCACGGGAGAACGCCAAGGACAUCAUCGCUAUCGGGUUUGACGUGAACAAAACGUUCAUCUUCGCUAAUCUGGAUUACAUGGGCCGUUGUGCGGCCUUCUAUCAGAACAUCAUUCGCAUCCAGAAGUGCGUUACCUUCAACCAGGUGAAGGGAAUUUUCGGCUUUGGUGAUUCGGACGUUAUUGGAAAGAUUGGCUUUCCAGCGGCCCAAGCGGCGCCUGCCUUUUCCACGACGUUCCCGUUUAUCUUUGGGAGUGACAAACUACCGGUGCUGAUUCCUUGUGCGAUCGAUCAAGAUCCGUACUUUAGAAUGACGAGAGACGUCUCACCCCGAUUGGGAUUCCCCAAGCCGGCGCUCAUCCAUUCGAGUUUCUUUCCUGCCCUGCAGGGCGCGAAAACGAAAAUGUCCGCCAGUGAUGCCAACUCGGCAGUAUUUUUAACGGACACGCCGAAACAGAUCAAGAACAAGAUCAACAAGCAUGCAUUUUCCGGUGGCAAGCCGACCCUCGAGGAGCAUCGUCAGUUCGGGGGCAAUACCGAGAUCGACGUUAGCUUCCAGCUGUUGCGUUUCUUCCUGGAGGAUGACGAAGAGCUGGAGAAAAUCCGCGUUUCGUACAGCAAGGGAGAGCUGCUGAGUGGUGAAAUUAAAAAGAUUGCAAUCGAAACGCUGCAGCCGAUCGUGGCCGACCACCAGGUCAAGCGGAAGGACGUGACCGACGAAAUCCUGGAGCAAUUUAUGACACCGAGAAAGCUGAACUAUGAAUGUAGCGUCAAGAAGGGCAAAUAAUGACAUGGAACUGCGCGGGAAGGCAACAACUAGUAUUUCAUACGUACUUCGAAAAGAAAUGCAAGUUUUAAUGAAUUAGAUGUGGUGUUCUUAUUGCUGAUGCUUGCUUGAGCGUUAACUUUCUUCAAGCACGGUGUUUAUUUAUUUGUUAUUUAUGAUGAUGAAAAAAGAACAAAAUGCUUAAUAAUUGCUAAGAAAACGAGUAAGUAAACCUGUCUGCUUAUA